AUGCCCCGCGCGCGCGCGCUCGCCCGCGCCCUCGCGCGCGCCGUCGACGCCACCGCGCGCGUCGCCCUCGACGGCGCGUCGAUGCGCGCGACGUGCGCGCGGACGAUGACGAAACCUAACGACGCUCGCGCGGUGGCGACGGCGCGAACGCGCGCGCGCGCGUACUCGGUGGGACAGAUGGUGCAUCGAGACGUCCCGGAGGAUAACUCGACGAUGACGUGGACGUUCGAGGCGUCGGUGAGACCGAAAGUGGAUGCGAUCUUGCGGCGGUACCCGUCGAAUUAUAAGCGAAGCGCGAUGAUUCCGUUGUUGGAUUUGGCGCAGCAGCAAAAUAAAGGACACCUGACGUUGGCGAUGAUGAAUCACAUCGCGGAUGUGCUCGAGGUGGCGCCGAUUCGCGUGUACGAGGUGGCGACGUUUUACUCGAUGUUUAAUCGACAAAAGAUGGGCAAGCUGCACGUCAUGGUGUGCGGGACGACGCCGUGCAUGUUGCGAGGGAGCCGAGAGAUUGAAAAGGCGUUGGAGGAGUGGAUGGGGGUGAAAAAGUUUGAAACCACGGCGUGUGGGACGUUUACCCUGGGAGAGAUGGAGUGCAUGGGGUGUUGCGUCAACGCGCCGAUGAUCGCCGUGGCGGAUUACAGAAACGGCGUCGAAGGGUACUCGUACAACUAUUACGAAGACCUCACCCCGCAAACCGCGGUGAAGGUGUGCGAGGCGUUGAAAGCUGGGAAAUCGCCUCGCGUCGGGUCACAAAUUCGCGAUAAAGCGGAGCCGAUUAAGGGUUUAACGACGCUCACGGGUGACCCCUCCGGGCCGUUUUCGCGCGACUUGGACCAAAUCAAGGCGGACGUCGACGCCGCCGCCGCCGCCGCCGCCGCCGCCGCCGCGGCGGAGAAAAAGUAG